UGUCGCGCGUGGCAGCAGCGCGUCUGGUGUCGUAACAGCUGCGUGCACACACAUAACGUUCUAACCUCGUGUCGUCGUUCGCGCACGGCAGAAUGAUAUCGUGUACUGACAAGUAUAACUUGAACGAGAAACGGUUGUUUAAGGACAUCAAAGCUAGUUUGGCAUGCGGGGCUAAGGAGACGCGGAACGUUCUUGAAAUUCGUGAAAAUGUGCUGUACGUGUGCCAUCAGAAUGCCGACGAGUGCCGUGUGCUCACGUUCAACGUCGCAGCGGUUCGUGACAAGCUCGACGAAGACGUUCUAUAUCAGAGAGAACACGGAGAGGUGCCGUCAAUUACACGGCAUUUGAGGAGAUAUAGCCACUCGCUGGCCACUACACGACCAAUCGAGGGUCGUUUCUACCACGAACUCCUGAAUAGCCUUCGAACCGUAACCCUCGUGACCCCAACCCCAUCGUUCCGGAUGCAACAGUUACUUCUACUAACGGACUCGCCGAUAUUCGAAGUCACGAACGUGCUGAUAAACGAGACUGCAACGCAGUUAGCGCUAUGGGGCAACUUGGGCAUCUCCCUCAUGGAGCUACCGAAACGAUGGGGCAAGGAUGUCGUUUACGAGGGUGGCAAACAAGAAAUUCUGUGCAC